UCAGACUCCCCGUCUCUCUCCUCAUCCCUCACACCUUUCUCUCUCUAACGUUUUCAAAAGCUUAACCCCUCUUUUGUCCAUCUUCCCUAGAGAGACUCUCGCUUCAAAAAACAAAAAAAAAAAUGGCGAAAACAACAACGGUGCCGCCAUUGAAGCGCCAGAGAGAAGAUGAAGAUCUGGAAACCAUAGAUGCAGAAGAAGCAAAAAGACAGAAACCUUCUUCUUCUUCUUCUUCUUCUUCUUCUUCUUCUUCUUGUUCCUCGUACGACCAGAUCCCCUGUCUCAUCGAAGAAGAACCCUACAGCGACUUAACCUCCCUCAUUACCACCCUUCAGCAAGAAAUAUCUCCCGACGAGCAUAACGACGUCGUUUCCGGAAUCGUUAACGCAGAUAACGCCGUUUACGCCGAAGAAAAGCCGACGCUUUCUUCUUAUUCUUCUUCUUCUUCCUCCUCCGAGUCAAAGGAAGAAGACGAAGAAGGAGACAGGGAGAAGGUCAUGAGACACCUUCUGGAAGCUUCGGACGAUGAGCUCGGAAUCCCAAGCAAUGAUUUUGGAGGGAGUAAUUACGAAAUGAUUAGCAAAGGUACUUGUGAAGAAGAAGACUACAUGAAUGGUGGGAAUCUGUACGAUGGGUUUAGUGAUGCGUUAUGGGAGCUUGAAGACGAAGCUGCUAACUAUUACACGUUGCUUCAGUCUGAACUCUUCAUGUAGAACCCCUAAUGGUUCUUAUCCGACUCGGUCCAAUUAUUUUAUCGCCUUUCCUUUUUG